GUAACAAAUAAACAGGUUGUUGAGCUUUUUUUAAAUGGCCGAAGGAUUACGCGAAUAAUGACAGAAUCAGCUAUCUGGAUAAGCCUAUUUAUUUUCCGAAUAUGUGUUCACGCAACAACAUCUGAUCCAUGUCUUGACGCUGAGCACGUUGUCCUCACAAAUCUUGGAUCCAGGAAUGAUCAAUGCUUGGUUGAAGACAUGCCUAUCAACCAACGCCUUUGUGACCACCACCUGGAGACACAAUGGUACAAAGCCGAAGGUGCCGUGCUACGGACAUCCGCCCCUGUGAUUGAAAAUUGCGGUGUUUUAGCAUCAGCUUGGCUGAAUGAUUCACUGCCCAUUGAGUCAGAUGGCGUUGAUAACAGGACGAUUUGUAUACGCGAAGAAUCAAAUAACUGUGUGAUGGAGUACAGCAUUGAAAUAAAGAACUGCGGUUCAUUUUUUGUAUAUAAACUACUUCCAUUCCCUGAGGAAUUCAACUGCCCAGCUGCUUACUGCUUUGAUUCGACAUUUCCAUGUCUGACUUCCACAACGACUAGUCGAAAAACAGAGAAUGCUAAUGAAUCGACAACAACACGUCUGACAACAACAACAACAACGACAAAUCAACCGUUACAGGAUCAUAAAGCAAUUUCUUGGAAAGCUAUCGUUGGCAUCUGUGUUUGCGUGUGCGUUGUGAUCGCAUUUAUCUGCGUAUGCUGUGUUAUCGCCGUACGGUGGAGGGUAAAAAGGUUAGCAUAUGACGGGGCGAAGAUGGCCCAUGGCUCACAAACCAAGUCUCGGGCUUCAGUAAAGGAGCACUUAUGCCUUACCAUAGAAAACCACGUUGCCUUCAUCAGCCUACCAAAUCCCGACGCGACAAGUAGGAUCCAAUCUAUAAAAAAAUCAAAAUUAGAUAUCUAUAAGGAAUGCACACUAGGAAGCUCCUUAGUGUAUCAACCUGAUAGCCCUUUUGGGCACAACAUCCCUAGACCAUCUACUGUAAAACACGAUGAAGUCUACGAAGAAAUAACCGCAACUCAGUAUCUUGAACGUCAACGCAGUGCUCGGAUGACAUAUAAAGGCAUUGAUUUCACGGAGAGUAAUCAGAAUCAGGGUCGCCGCACGUUUGGAGGCCACAAUCUGCAUCACCUGUCCAAGCCUAAGCCAAACCCGUACCAACAGGUGAUCUCUAUACUGGGUGAAACUAUGGAAUCUUUCAAUGAUGAUGGGUCCAUUCCUGUGUUUGGAUUCGGUGACUUUGAAACCAAGAAUUCCAAAGUAUUCACUUUCCUGAGUAAGGGUUACUGCUCCGGUUUUCGUGAAGUGUUGAGCGCCUACGAGAGCGUGGUCGGGCGAGUUAGCCUCAGCGGUCCCACAAACUUUGCACCUAUCAUCAACAUAGCUAUCCGUAUCGUCGAGCUUACCAGAUUGUUCCACACUCUCGUCAUUGUCUCAGACGGCCAGAAGGUGUCAGAGCAGGCGACACGUGACGCAAUUGUAGAGGCAUCAAACUGGCCACUCUCCAUCAUCCUCGUCGGCGUUGGUGAUGGGCCAUGGACACAGAUGCAAGAGUAUGAAGACAGCUUUCCGACGCGAAAGUUUGACAAUUUUCAGUUUGUCCACUUUGAAAGCAGGUUUCCAAUUGCGAAAUUCGCUUUCUCAGCGCUGAUGAAAAUUCCGGACCAGUACAAACGGAUCAAGGAACUCGGGCUUUUGAAGUUUUCAAACACUGAGCUUGAUAUAGAUAAUGGUUUUACACGAUACUUUUAG